CAAUCUGACUAAAGUACAGACCUAUAUUAUUAUAUAUAUAGGAUCUGAUAACUCCCCAUAAGAGGUCAUGUUCUGGUGAACUUUGUAUUUGCAUAUUGCAUCAUAAUUUGAUCCAAUCAGAUAACGCGUUUCAAAUGAAGCGCGGUGUAUAAACAAAAAUGGCGGAUAUUGAACGAGUAGUGGAAGAAGUUUUGAAAAAAUUUGGCGUUAAGUGUUUAAAGGAUGAACAGCGGAUGAUUUUGGACUGCGUGCUUGAUAAAAAAGACUGUGUCGCCGUGUUACCAACAGGUUUUGGAAAAUCGCUCCCAUUUCAAGCGUAUUUGCCAGUGAAGAGAGCUUUACUCCGUGAUGAUAGCUUCGGGAAAGUAAUUGUUUGCUGUCCUCUGGUGUCUCUUAUGCAAGACCAAGUCAGAAAAUUAACUUCCAUAGGAUUAGUAACUGCUGCUUUUAAAGGCACAGACAAGGAGACCGAUGAAUUGAUACAGGCAGGAAAAGUAGACAUCAUCUAUGCAUCCCCCGAGUCAUUAGUUGGAGACAGCCAAUGGAGAUCAACAAUACAAAGACUUAAUGUAACUGUCAUCGUAGUUGAUGAAUUCCACACAGUUGUCACAUGGGGUGGUCUAGAAGCAGAUAAGGAGGAUAAAGUGUUCCGAAAGUGGUUUCGGCGUGUUGGAGAGAUCCGAUCGUACUUUCCUGAGGCAUCAUUAUUAGCACUAAGCGCGACUUGCACAAAGACAAUUAAAAAGAGGGUGAUAGAAGUUUUGGGACUGAAGGACUACACGAACAUUACAGUUUCCCCAAAUAAAGAAAACAUCAAGUACAUUGUGAAGAAAGUAGACCCUAACAUUGAAAGUUCUUUGUUGUGGAUUUUGGACUCAUUUCGAGAUUUAAAAAAGGAGUUCCCACGGACAAUAUUUUAUUGCAACUCAAUAAGAGAUGUUGGGCGUGUGUACAACUUCAUAGUGUCUGAACUAUCAGAUGUUACUAACAUUGAAAACAUGGUUGAAAUGUUUCAUUCUGAAACAACAGAAGAUAAAAAAAAGAAAACCCUUGAAAAAUUGACUGAGGACAGUGUUUUGCGCAUUAUUGUUGCUACCAGUGCACUGGGAAUGGGUGUAAAUGUUUAUGCAUGUCACAAUGUUAUAAUUUAUGGACCUCCUAGGUGUUUGAUAGACUUUGUCCAGGAAACAGGGCGAGUGGGAAGGGAUGGGGAACAAUCAUGUGCCUUUUUGAUGUAUUAUGGUCAACAACUACGGAAUGUUGACCAGGACGUCAAAGACUUCCUCACUUCAACUGAUUGCCGAAGAUUGCAACUGCUCAAGACAUUUCUUUCGGAGAGCGAGUUAAAGCUGGUACAAGGUACCAGAAUACAUACUUGUUGUGACAUUUGUGAUACAGGAUGUUCCUGUAAUUCAUGUUCUUCGACAAUUUUAGAAAAAUAUAUGACAAAUCUGUCUUUAGAUGAUGUACAUGUAAUGGAAACCUCAAGCAGUGACAGUGAUACUGUAUCAUAUGAGUAUGAAUCUGAUGAGGAUCUUGAUGAGAUUAAAUCAACUUAAGGUUCAAAUUUACACAAAA